GUUGAGCAGCCUACAGGCAUCCGAUGAUGUAGCGCAUGCGUAGUUAAAGUUGAAUGGCCAUUACUACUCUGUUAUGAUCGAAAAGUUUGUUAUUAUCAGAGUUCGAGUGUGAUCUGUCAAAUGUUUGUGAGCGAUUUGUUAGAAUGGAUAUAUGCUCUUUUAGCUGACAACAAAAUGAUAUAAACAUGAAUAAUAGGGGACAUGUACAGCAACCCUAUUACAGCAAUUCCCUUGCCAUUCGUCAAGAAAUCCAGAGAUUCGAAAGUGUCCAUCCUAGCAUAUAUGCUAUUUACGAUCAUCUGGAACUUAUGCCUGAUCCUUUACUUGCUCAGCAAAUAAGAGAACACGUUGUCUGCAUAGAAGAUUCCUUUGUAAAUAGUCAAGAAUGGACAUUAAGUCGCUCAGUUCCCGAUCUGCGAUUGGGUAUUGUGGGAAGCCUAUCGAGCGGAAAAUCAGCAUUAGUUCACAGGUAUCUGACGGGUUCAUAUUUGCAAGAUGAAUCCCCCGAAGGUGGUAGAUUUAAAAAGGAAGUCGUCAUAGAUGGGCAGAGUUAUCUUUUACUCAUUCGAGACGAAGGCGGCCCACCAGAAAUUCAGUUCAGUUGUUGGGUAGACGCCGUCAUUUAUGUCUUCAGUCUAGAGAACGAGCCUUCUUUUAACGCUAUCUAUAAUUAUUACACUAAGAUGUCGCAUUACAGAAGUCCUGGUGAAGUGCCCUUAAUUCUGGUGGGCACUCAAGAUGCAAUUAGUGAAAGCAAUCCUCGUGUUAUCGAUGAUUCUCGAGCCAGGAAAUUAGCUAAUGACCUUAAAAGGUGUUCCUAUUAUGAAACCUGUGCUACUUACGGGCUCAAUGUUGAAAGAGUCUUUCAAGAUGCUUGCCAGAAGAUAGUUCAACAGAAAAUGGCUGGCAUAAGCUCAAGACCCAGCACUCCCAGCCAUCCAGUUCGCUGCAAUAGCUAUGUUUCAAGCACUACUAGUGGUGUAAGCAGUACUAAUAAUGGUUAUCAUCCACCUACUAGUGUGGGAAGUAAUACUCUCUCUGCAGUCUCUGCAUCUCCUAGUCAUCUAAGUCAUAUAGCUGCAAGUCAUGUUCCAAAAGAAAAUCGUGUCGAUGGAAAUACUAUAUCAAUGAGAGAAUCUAAAGUUAAAUCAGAACGGAAUCUAGGAAUUGAAGUACUAGUUACUAACUCCAUCGUCGGUCCUAAAGAAUCAAAAGAUCUACCUACACCUUGUUCCACUCCUACUACUUCUCGCAAGACUCGACGGCGCUCUAACCUUUUCCCACCUUUGAAAAAGGGUGAAGAUGAUAAAAAGAGCAAGAAUGGAGAAGUGGGCAGUGGUCGAGUGAUCCCUCUUAGACAGGGAUACCUUUACAAAAGGAGUUGCAAAGCUCUAAAUAAAGAGUGGAAAAAGAAGUAUGUUACACUUACAAGUGAUGGCAGAUUGACUUAUCAUCCAAGUCUUCAUGAUUAUAUGGAUGAUGUUCAUGGAAAAGAGAUUCCUUUGAUGCACACAACUGUUAAAAUACCUGGUCAAAAGCCUAGAGGUUCUCGUACCCCAGGAGCAUCUUCUAGUGCCUCAUCACAUCAGGUUAAUGAGUUGGCCUCAGAAUUAAGUAAUCUAUCCAUUGCUGGAGGUGUCUUAAAUGGGAGUGAAACACAGCUAAUACCUGCUGUACCGAGUACAAAUCCUCUGUUAAGUAGAUUAGAUACACCUAUUGUAAAAAAGCGACAUAGGCGAAUGAAGAGUACCGGACUGAGGAAUAUGGAUGCUAUGGAUGACUCGGAUGAUCAUGAGUUCAUAAUUGUCUCGUUGGACAAUAAACAAUGGCAUUUUGAAGCUUCAAGCUCAGAUGAUCGUGAAGCGUGGAUUACAGCAAUUGAACAACAAAUACUCACUAGUCUGCAAGGCAACGAGAGUUGUAAAACCAAAUCUGGUCGUACAGCAUCUUCUGUUGAUCAAGCCUCAAUCCAAUUAAUUAAGAAUUCUGUUCCUGGAAAUACUCAUUGUGUGGAUUGUGAUGCUCCAAAUCCAGAUUGGGCGAGUCUUAAUAUUGGAGCUCUUAUGUGCAUUGAAUGCUCAGGAAUUCAUAGGAAUUUGGGUUCCCAUAUAUCUCGAGUUAGAUCCCUUGAUUUAGAUGAAUGGCUGCCUGAACAUGUAAGUGUUAUGAUGGCUUUAGGAAAUACUCUAGCUAAUAGUAUAUGGGAAGGUAAUACUAGAGGACGGGCAAAACCAACUCCUAAUUCUAGUAGGGAAGAAAAGGAAAGAUGGAUACGAGCAAAAUAUGAGUUUAAAGAAUUUCUUGCGCCAAUUUCCUCAACCACUCCUAUUGGUCAACAACUAAUUGAUGUUGUGUGCAAAAAUGAUAUAAAAGCAGUAGCUUUAGUUUUGGCUCAUUCAUCAUCUCCAGAACAUGUCAAUACUCCCGUUAGUCCAAGGGAUCAGAGAACCGCUCUUCACCUUGCAGCUGCAUUGGGAAGUUUACCAAUCACUCAGCUACUCAUAUGGAAUCAUGCUAAUGUAAAAACUGUGGAUUCUGAUGGUAGAACUGCUCUUUCAUAUGCAAAAAAUGGCGGAUUUCAAGAAGUCCAUGAUUUGCUUGUCCAUAGUGGUUGCCCAGAUUCAAAUCCUGCACCUACCUCUACCCUUCCUCGUAGACGAGGUAGCUUAUCCAAAAAGUCAACAGAGGUAUUCGAUAAACUGCCUGCCAGCAUUAUAUAGUGAGACAUCAGCAUCUGUGAUUUAUUGCAUCAUCAUUAUCAUUUUAUUCGUUCAUUGUAGGUCUGACCACAUUCUCUAAGCCAAAAUUGUAUAGAUGAAGCUAGCAACUCUUGGAAAAUGUGACAGAAGUAUGGAAAAUGCUCUAUUUGGAAAUGAGCUAAAUUUUUUAUAGAGUGUUUAUGGAAAAAUAGUCUGCAAUAUUUUGUUGUUAAAUUUCCACAAGGGAUAUGAUUAUCCUUAAUACACUGUUCCCUUAAAUUUGAUACACAUGGUCUUUUCGUAUUUGACUUUCUUCCUCUGCUUAUUACAAUUUUCUAAAAAAGUUAUUACUGUAUACUGUCUUUAAAAAUUUAAAGAGUUUAGAAAUAGAUUAAUAUUUAACUCUUAAAAUGGAGGGGAAAACUAUGGAAGUUGUCAACUUCCUGUUGAGAGAGUAAUUCUAUUUGUGACUGAUAAAUCCAUACUCAUAUUCAUAAUAUAGAAAAUCAAAUAUGUGCAUUAUGUUAAUAGGAACUAUGCUUUAAAUAUUGACAAAGCAAAGAUACUCAGUUUGGGAUUUGGCCUCAAUGUUGCAUUUAUGAAGUGUUCCAUUAUAAAACUUUGCACAUCUGAAAUGUGUUAUGUUUUUGUAAGUCAUUCAAACUGAUCAAUUCCAGCAUCAUUAUUUAUCAUCAUCAUUUAUGUAUAUUUUUAGUCAAAACCUUAAUUCUAUUAUGUAUAUAUACAUGAACUUGUACAGAAAAUGUUAUUUAAUGUGUAUUGUGUAUAUUUUAAAACUGUUUUAAAUAUAUGUAUAUAUACAUAUAUUUAUGUAUGAUAUAUAGUUAAUAACUGAGUUAUUACAUAUCUGCCUUGCAGAAAGAAGGGGGGAAUCUUAUGCCUUUAUAUCUCAUUGUAUGGUUUUUUCCAUUCCUGUCUUUUCUAUAUUCGAAAUUUUCCUUGAAUUUUGUGGCAUUCAUGUAAUUGAUAUCUGUUAAUUUAUUUUACACUGCAUACUUGUCUGAAAAAUACAUUUGAAUUUUUUAAAAAAUUGCUAUGAAAGUAAAUUUAGCUGUAGAAAUAUAUAUUCAUAUUUAAUUAAGAAUGGGGGAAUUCUCUCUCAUUUGCUUUUUUUUUCUUUCAUAUAAUAUUUGUAGGAAGAAUUUUUAAAGGAUAUACUUGCUUAAUAUUAAUUAAUAAUUUUAGAAAAAAUAAUUAUAAAGAAAUGUUUUUUAAAAUUUUAACUGUAGAUGUUUUAAUUUUUAUGUAAGAUGGUUAUUUUAAUUUUAAAACCUAAGAAAUCAUUUGACUAUGACACAAACAAUUAAUGAGCAUGAUUGAAAUGUUUCUUUAAUAAAAUUAUUGUUUUAUAUAAUUCUCAAAUGUUUUGCAGCAUUUGAGCAUUAGUAUAAUUGCCAACCUAUUUCAUUAUAUAAUUGUGUCAUAAACUGUCUUCAGAUUCUUGUAAAAUAUUAACGUGUGUUAAUAUAUGCAAUAAAUAGUUUAAGUUUAAAAUUAUUAAUUUUUUUUAAAGUAGAAGUAUCAUAUAAAGUAUAAGUACUCUUUUAUAUUAUUACAUCUGUUCUGUUAGUCUUAUAUUUUAUACUUUAAUAUACAAAUAAGCGUUAUUUAAUUUUAAGAUUUCAUUUUAAAUGAAAUAAAGUAGUUUUCAUUAAAUUAGUGAAUUGAAUUAUUUUAAAUAAUGUUUCAUAUAUUGUCUUUGUUUGGUCCCUUGGAAAUUUUUUAAAUCUAUUGCAUUAAUUUAUUAUUUGUUUAUGCGUAGUAUGGGCUUGUUACUUUUAUAAACAUGAUCAUGUUACUAUUGCCUUUAGUUAGGCAAAUUUUUAAAAAAGCAAUGACUUUUGUAAAAUGAAUUUGAUAACCUGUAUUUAUCACAUAUGUAUGCAGUGUAUAAUAUCUUUUCCUGAAUGCUGUUGCUUGGUCAUUUAAAUAAACAUUAAGUUAUUUUGUAUGAAAUAGCUUUCAUGUUUAUGUUGCAAUAAUAUUAGUGAUAUGGUUUAAUACUCAUGUUUUAAAGACUCAAGAAUACCAAAGUGCACUCGUGUAACACAGUAUUAAUAGCUUUAAAAGGUAUGCACCUCAGCGUGUACCAUCUAAUAAUGUGCUUAGCUUACCCUAUCACUGCUAUUUAUUAAAUAUAUUCAUAUAUCUGGGGAACUUUUCAUUCGUUUUAAAUUCUAUUUAUUACAGAUUUCAAAUUGUGAUUUUUGUUAUUCAGCACUUUAAAAUGUCAUAUAAAUAAAAUAUUUGGUAUCCCAAGUGGAUAUAGUUUUCUUUUUUAAUGAAAAAUAGUAUAUUGGAAGUUAAUAGCAACACACCUUACAGUUUUAGUUGUGCAUGCUGCAUGUGUGAAUUUAAUCUGUCAUCGAAAUUUAUGAGAUGCUUAUUUUCUUAUUAGGCUUCAUUGAUACUCUUUUACUAUUAAUCUGUGCCAAAACAUUAGAAGCUUGCAUUAUUUACAAAAAUUAAAUGAGUGUAUUUGAAUAGUUAGUGAUAUAUUUGCUUAAAUAAUAAAAAGCAUUUUAGAGUUAACUAGUUACAUUAUUCAGUGUAUUUACAUAGCUCCACUCAUUUAAGUUUUUUAAAAAAAAUUGUGAAUUUUCAUUAUUAAGUGAUCAUUAUGAGUUUGACUGGGCACUAUAAUAUAUCAAAUAUUUUAAUAACAAAUUUUUAACCUGACAGAUUUCUAAAAUUAUAUAAUCACUCUGACUCAUUAUAUAAUUUCAAGAAAAUAACUUGAUACUCUUAUAAAUUUUUAAACUAUUUAUUUUUAAAAUUGUUGCAAAUAUAUACUCUAGUUAGAUGAUCUUGUUUUAAUAGUUUUGCCAUUUUCUUAUGAUUUGGUUGAAAAAGUUGUUAUCAAUUUUCAUUUUCCAUUCUAAUGAGUUUUUGCAUAGAAUAGUUCGUUCAUUUUUUACAUUUGUGGUUUUAGUAAAAUCAAGUAAUGCAGUAAUAAUUUGAAUGUCAUGAAUAAAUUUUUCUGCAUUUCCUAAAAAUUAUGAAUGGGUAAGAUCUGUCAAAAUAUGAUUUUCCUGAUUUCGAGAUCAAAUGUUGUAUUUGGUCUGAACUUCUGUGUGAAUCGAUUAAUUUUAGACAGUUACUGGCUGCUUAAUAUACACACAUGCAGAAGUUGUGUUUGCAUUUAAUAUAAAAUUUUUGCAAUUUUCCUUUAAGUUUUAAAAGGUAAUUUUACGUAUUGAAUUCAAUAUAAUACUUUUAUGAUAUUAUUAAUUUUGUUAAGUAUUGCUAAUAGUUGUGUGAAUAUGAAAAUUGAAAAUAAUUAAAAUGUUAAAAAUUUCCAAGGAUCUUCCAUAUCAGUAUCUGUGAUACCACUGCCUGAUGCGAAGUCCUUUUUAUUCUACUAGCAAAUUAAAUAAAUUAUAAAAGCUACAUGCAUAAAUAUUAAUUAAUUCCUGUAUAGUCAUUGAAAUUGGUUGUGUACUUAUAUGGCAGCUUUCCCGAAAACAAAGAUUGUGAAACUUUUUUCUAAUGAAUUUUAAUUAUUUAAUAGUGUAUUUAUAUCAGAAUUUUAUGGGUUGUGUUAAUUCAUAAUUACACAGGUAUUCUAGGUCUGAAUUGUUAAGCACAUCCACGAUUAUUUUAAUUAAUCAGAAAUUUCAGCUGUAAAGUAUUUGUUCAUGAAAAUGUUGCAAUUGGAAUACUUCACUGUUUUAGUAUAAUUGAAUGCCAGGAAUAGCUAUUUAGCUGCAGUAUUGUUUUCUAGUGCUGGCAAAGGAGGAAUGAAUCUUAUGUUUAGCUCUAUACGUUUUAACUCUGCAUAAGUUGAUCUAAAAAUUAUAUUAUAUAAUCUUAUUUAUAUAUUUAGUGAUGGAUUAAAAUAAUUACAUUGAUUAAUUUCCUGGAGUUAUAGUUUCAAAAUUCUUUUUGCACUAUGAAAUAAACAUUUCAUAAUGAAGUAACUUGUGAACUGUAAAAGUUAAAUAAAUUUAUAGUUUUUAUGUGUUUUCGAAUUUUGGAAGUAAUUUUUUUUUUAUUAUUAAAAUAUCCGAAUUUUUCAAACGGUCAAAUUUUACUAUAAAAUUGUUUGUUUAGCUCAUGAGUUUAAUUCUACCGUAUAACGGGUUCAGGUUCUAAAGACAAUCAUGUAAAUAUAUUAUCCUACUAUUAAUUACUCAUUGAAGGGAAAUGUCAAACCAUUUUGAGCUUGGUUAUUUAUUUGCCAUGCUAAAAUUUCCAUAAAUGAUUUAUUGACAUCAAUUGUUUUAGCUAUUUAAAAGUUACACUUACAUAUAUUAUCAUUUGCUUUUUGAAACCCAACUCAAGUGCAAUUAUUUAAUCUAGUUUUAUCUCGAAAAUAUGAAUUUUAGUACUGUUUGUGAAUUUAUGUUUUGAAUUUAGAAAAAUGUCAGGAUAGAAAUUUUUUGAUUGAAAAAUGUAAUUUAGAUAAAAUACUGUCUUUUUAGUAUGCUUAGAAAUUUUCACCGAAACUUCUAUUCUUCACUGUAGUAGUUAAGGCGAUUGAUUUUGCUUUCUAAUUGAAAUUGUGAUAAUGUAGAUUCAGCAUAUAAUAUUAUCCAUAUUACUUUCAGAAAUACUUUUAUACCGAUUUCUAAUAGUGUAGACUUAUCUUUUAGAAAAAAGUUUUUGCCUUUUAGUUUGUUUUUCCUGUUUUCUAAGCAUAUGAGUGCAAAGUGCAGGCAAGUAUUGGGCUAUGAAAGAAAACAUUUAUUGAAAAAAUUAUAAGUACAGUACAGUGUAUUUAUGAUCUAAAACUGAGAUUGGUGCAAAUUAUUUGUAAUUCUUCGUACUGAAAAAGUAUUGUUAAGAAUUUUUAAAUGUGUGAAGAAUAUUUAAAUAUAUUCCUGUUACUGUCAAAUUUGAAUCUUAUUUAAGAAAGUUUUAGAAUUUUUAAUUUAUCUAUUUGUUGCAUGUUCCCCGGAAGAUGUUUCCAUAUUUAUUCAUUAAGACGGAGCCAUUUUCUAUGUGUGACCAUAUUAUUAUUUGAUAUAUUUUGUUUUAUUGAUAUUCUGAACUUAAAAAAGCAGAGUCAGACUGUUUUGUUGAAUAGUUUCAUAAUAUACUUUGAUAAAUUCUGUAAUUUUCUUUUACUUCGGAAAUUUCCUAUGAAGUUGUGAGCAAGCUAAAAUUCGCCUUUCUUAAAUUUAGAUUUCUCUAACCAAAUUUAAAGAUAUAUAGUGUAGCAUAUAUUAUGUUGGCUUUUAUUGUCAAAUUUAUUCUGAAACAUUGUUACUGAUGCAAGAGAUUUAUAUAAGGUAUUUCUGUACAUUGCAUAUGUAUUUUCCUGAAGAAAUUAGAAAGUGUAAUGGCAAAGCGUAAAUUAUUGUAUCCGAAGACUGCUUCAUUCAUGAAUUUACAGUAGGGAAAGAUGCAUUGCCUUCAGAUGGUACUCUGAGAAAAGUAUGUAAUCUAAGAAGAUAUAAUAAAAAAAAUUCUUUCCUUA